GGAGAAUUAAAACCAAAGUUUAACCAGACACCAGAACACGUGACAGUAACGGCGGGAAAUAAAGCUAUAUUACCAUGUACGGUGGAAUUCCUAGGAGACCAUACAGUGAUAUGGUCCAAUCCUAGAAAGACAUUAAUAAGUCAUGCUGAUAGACGGAUGUUAGAUGACCACAGAAUAAGUGUAGAAAGACCAUAUAUCAAAGAAUGGAAUCUCCAUAUUCGCGAUGUUCGUCAUAAUGAUAGUGGUACAUAUAAAUGUGAAAUAAACACAGAUCCUAUACAAGCUAAACUAGUUACCCUAUCGGUAUUAGUACCCCCAAUGAUAAUCAGUCGAUAUUCAUCAGAUUUAGUUGUCAAAGAAGAAGGUGAAACGGCAGAGUUAAUUUGUAAUGUAACAGGCAUUCCAGCACCUAAUGUAACUUGGUAUAAACGUAAUUACCGCCAGGGCAAGAACCAUCGUGAGCAGAUUGGUUUGGAAGGAGGUAUAUUAUUAAUACAUAAUGUAUCAAGAUUUUGUGAUGAUAUUUAUGACUGUUUUGUUGAUAAUGGUGUGUCACCAGCAGUUAGUAAAGCCAUUAGAGUGGAGGUUCAAUAUGCUCCGGAGGUAAUAUUGACAAAUAGACGAAUCGGCCAAAGACGAGGAAAAGAAACUAUUUUAGAGUGUACUAUUUAUGCUCAUCCUCAAAGUAUUACUGUAUGGAAACGAAAUGGACAGAAAAUUAGUCAGAAAGGUGAUAAAUAUUCAAUAGAGGCCUAUGAAGAUCAAGAAAAUAGAAUGGUGACGCUAAGUUUACGUAUUAUGGAUUUAGAUGAUAAUGAUUUUGGUGCGUAUACUUGUGAAGGCAGUAAUCCAUUAGGUCGUGAUUCAGAAGAUAUGAUAUUAUAUGGUACGUAUCCUGCUGUUUAUUAA